AGGAAAGCAGCACAACUUGUUAGAAGAUUUAAAUAUUUAGCUUCUGAGUUAGUGUGGUUAACUGUAUGAGAUGCAUUGCUUGAGCAGGACACCCAGGUCAUAUCUUGUGAACUCGUACAGUGAUUUCCAGGAGACUGAUGAAAUCGCCAGAGAAUCGUAUGAAGCCACCUGGUUAGAUAUGUUGAUGGAGACAAGACCAGAAUACAAGAUGACACUCUUCGAGAAGGACUCAGUAAGAAAGGAGAGCUAUGAAAAAAAGCAGGUGGUUAAUUUCACAGUGCAAAGGUUCCCAAACCAGAUGAUUCGAAUGGGACGAGAUGGGGGACCAAUGCAGGAGUAUCAUUUACCAUACAAAAACAUUCUCCCAAUACCAAUAUUUUUGCCCAAAAACAUCACACAGCCUGACGUGACCCGCAAGCCCUCUCCCUCUAGAUUGAAAUCUGUCAUGGACUCUGAGACUAGUUUAAGUGGAUUUUUCCCUGAGAAAAGAGAGGUAUCAUCCAUCACCCGUCAUAAGCCAAUGGUAAUCCAACCGAGGAGUCCAGACUUCAGAGCGUCAAGCCUCAUCUCUCCACCACGAGAAAAACUGAUCGGCUUCCAACGAAGGGAGUGAUGAGCUGAUGAAAGCUGUCUGCCGUCAUGGACAUGGAUACAAUGACGAGUAUGGUGGGUGACCUCACUCACAUUUAUGAAGACUGUACUAAAUCACAGCACACUAGAGGGUGUGAGCAUGUGGAUUUUGAAGGCUGAGAGGACUCAAGAAGACUUUAAUAAGAAAAAUACAGAUCAGAUCAAGCCCCAAAAAGUAUGUGGACUCUUAAGUCAUGUAUGAAUGUAAUUGCAUUAGAUUACAUUAUAUCAUACCUAGUGGCAUCUGCAAAUAUGAUGUAACAUCUUUCCUCAGAAUUAACUUCACUGUUCUGAGACGUUUUGGCGAUUGCUGGUGCCAAGAUAAUUUUUAGUGGAUGUAUGUUCACAGAUGUGUAGUUUGUCACAUUAACUAUGUACCCAUUCCACUUACAUUUCACAGUCAAUCAGCAUCUAAAUUCUGUCCUUUCUCUACAUCUAUUAUGUGUUCAAAUACUUUUUUGGGCCACUGUAGAGUAUGUUAAAGGGAUAGUUCACCCAAAACAGAACGUUUUCUCAUCAUUUACUCACCCUCAUGCCAUCCCAGAUGUGUCUGACUUUCUCUCUUCUGCUGACCACAAAUUAAGGUUUUUAGAAGAAUAACUUAGCUCUGUAGGUCCAUAAUGUCAAAGGGUCCAAAAUGCACAUAAAUGCUGCAUACAUGUAAUCCAUACGACUCCAGUGGUUAAAUCCGUCUUCAGAAGUGAUAUACUGUAAGUGUGGGUGAGCAACAGAUGAAUAUUUAAGUUUUUUUUGUUUUUAAUUAUUAAUCUCAACUUUAAAACAGCCCUCCAAAGCGCUCCUCUAUCCUGAGAGUUAUUCUUCUACUUCAUGCAUAUUGCCACCUACUGGGCAAGGAGGAUAAUUUAAAGUAAAAAAAGGACUUAACAAUUGAUCUGUUUCUUACCCACAACUGACAUAUCAGUUCUGAAUACAUGGAUUUAACCACUAGAAUCCUUUGGAUUACUUUUAUGCCUUAAUGUGCUUUUUUGAGCUUCAAAGUUUUGGACCCUGUUGACUUUCAUUGUAUGGACCUACAGAGCUGAGAUAUGUAUACUUUUUUUUAUUUUAUUCCUUGUUUGUGUCCUUUAAGGCAUUUUUCCAUUACAUUAGCAAUGAUACAGAUGUAACUGGAAUAUUGUCUCCCUUUAUUUAAGUGUUUAUCCAAUGCAACAGAGGCAAACUAGUGAAAACAGAAAAUAUUAAUAAAUUAUCUUGCUUUUCUUGAGAUGCUGAUAUUGCAAAAUUAAUUGGAUCUAUGAGGUUAUUAAUCCGCUGUUGCGCUCUU